CGCUACGGCACCAUUGCUAGCUCAAUCUCCAGCAUUGAAACUUCCCCAGCAGUCACUGGAUAGUCUGCAUCAUGAGUCGCAAUUGGAUUCCGGCCCUUAUGGCCAUUGGCAUGGGUGUUUGGACUGGAUACUAUACCUUCCAGCCUGCAUUGCGAGAAUUACAGUCGGAGAAGACGGGUCCUCAGACUCCGCCGUCGCAAGACCAAAAGAUCGCUCCCACUCCCACUCCCAGUUCAGACAAGGACUCGAACAAGCCGGCGACCCAACCCAGCGAAGCGAAGGCCCCCGAGGUGCAAAAAAGCUAGCUUGCAACUGAAUAAGUCGCUUUGGGACGCAUACACUGAGACGCCGCUGGUCGGUGAUAUAUAGCCAGUAUAAUGACCGCAUUGAUCCUUUUGCGAGUUCAUGACUGUAUGGAAUAGAGGAUAGAGUCACAAGUGGAGCCUGCACUGACUUCUCCGUAACUGCUAGCGGUGACUGGGAGAUUUUAUCGUGCGUGGGGUACCAAUCACAUGGACUGCAGUGAAAUCAAGAACGCAGGCAGGUUAUGUGGAAGUCGAGUAUAGUACGAGCUUCCACCAUUGUCCAUGUGACUCCACAGCUCACGGUCAUCUAUGGCCAAUACUGUCUAGAUAGCCAUAUAGAAAUAAAACAACGUCCAGUACAGCUACCGAAAGUAUCAG